CGUUGUUGUGAUCUAACAUGGCGGAGAGUAGUGUUGUGGCUAUUGAGUGUCUACGUCAAUUUUAAUAGAAUAAAUAUCUACGACCUGGAUAGGCACCUGCGACGAUGCCCAAUACUUGUGUGUUAACUAUAACAAAUAUUAAGAAGAUAAAACACUAAAAAAAUCAGAGGUUAUAAUUUUGAGUGUAAUUAUUAUUGAUAAGUAUAUUUUUAUUGUACCGCGAGACCGCUCUCUCAUCGGUAGGAUAUUUAUCGUACACAGCGGUGCGCAAGAGUAUAUAAAUUCAUCAUUUUUUUAGUGUGGGGGUUAUUUUAUUUGGCCUUUUCUGAGUGACUAACGGACAUUGUAAAAUGCACGUUUGAUCAACGACAAUCACCGGUUAAAAGUAGUGUGCUGAGUACCGUUACUCCAAAGUACUCUGCAAGAAUCGCUGCUACGUACGAUCGGCUAAAAUAAAAACUUCAACAUGCUCUUGUUUUAAAAUCAUCCUGGUAACUUCAAGUAUAUUUACGUCUAUUUGCGAAUGCAACAACGGUUGUCAGCUGUCAAGAGGAAAAAAUUUAACCAGCAUUAUUGGGUGAUUGUGACGACAUUAACUACUCAAUGAUAAUAUUAGGUUUACUUAAAUGUCGUGACAAAAUAACAUUAUCAUCAUUGUCAUUAAUAUUUAGAUCAUACAAAAAUGCCAUUCACAUAAUAAUUAUCACUGCAAACACAAUAUAGUAGUGUGUAUUUUAUUCAUAAUUUUUUUUUUUAACACUUUAAACAGAUAAUGAUGAUCCGUCUAUAUCAUGCUUGUUGUGCUAGUAAAUUUUUAUAAAUUAUUGGUAGGAAAAUUCAACAGCUGAUUUUAUUUCAUCUUAAUAUAUUUUUUUUUGUCCGUUUAAUGUUAUAAAUAUUUAUAUAGAUGAUAAUAAUAUAUUAAAGAAAAAGUGCGGACGAAUUGUAUUAAAAAAAAAAAAUUAUUAAAAAUCAAGAAGUAAUUGAAGUAACAGUGAUUGUAAUAAAGAGGUGAAGGCAUGCUAGUUAGUAAACAGUAAUACAAAAACAUUAAGUGUGACAAUUAACGUGCAAAAUGACUGAUACAAGAAGGCGAGUGAAGCUUUAUGCUUUAAAUGCUGAUAGACAGUGGGAUGAUCGUGGUACUGGACAUGUAUCAUCAUCUUAUGUAGACAGACUUAAAGGGAUCUCAUUGUUGGUCAGAGCUGAGAGUGAUGGUUCUGUUUUAUUAGAAAGUAAAAUUCAGCCAGAUACUGCAUAUCAAAAACAACAGGAUACCCUGAUUGUUUGGUCGGAAGGAGAUAAUUUUGAUCUUGCUUUGAGCUUUCAAGAGAAAGCAGGUUGCGAUGAAAUAUGGGAAAAAAUAUGUCAAGUUCAAGGUAAAGAUCCAUCAGUCGAAAUAACACAAGAUAUCGUUGAAGAAUCAGAAGAUGAACGAUUUGACGAUAUGUCUGACUCGGCACCGCCGAUUGAAUUACCACCGUGUGAAUUAAGUCGUCUUGAAGAUAUCAAUGAACUUAUUGGCAAUUGUUUAUCAACGCCCGUACGAAAAGAAAAAUUAGCCAUGGCAAUUGAAUCUGAAGGUUAUAUUAAAAAAUUGUUAAAUUUGUUUCAUACAUGCGAGGAUCUUGAAAAUAUUGAAGGUUUACAUCAUUUAUAUGAUAUAUUCAAAAAUAUUUUCUUAUUAAAUAAAAAUGCCCUAUUUGAGGUAAUGUUUAGUGAGGAUGUGAUUUUUGAUGUAGUGGGUUGUUUAGAAUAUGAGCCUUCAUUACCACAACCAAAGAGGCAUCGAGAGUAUCUACGGCAGUUAGCAAGAUUUAAACAAGCUAUUCCAAUUACAAAUCCUGAAUUGUUAGCUAAAAUCCACCAAACCUAUCGUGUCCAGUACAUACAAGAUGUAGUUCUACCAACACCAAGUGUAUUUGAGGACAAUAUGCUCAGUACACUAAGUAGCUUUAUAUUUUUUAAUAAAGUUGAAAUAGUUACUUUAAUUCAAGACGAUGAAAGGUUUUUAACAGAAUUAUUUCGACAGUUAACCGACGAAUCGACGUUAAUAUGUAAGCGUCGUGAUUUAGUUUUGUUUCUCAAAGAGUUUUGUAAUUUUUCACAAAAUCUUCAACCACAAGGCAAAGAAGCGUUUUAUCGAACAUUGACAGCACUUGGUAUUUUACCAGCACUUGAAAUAACAUUAGCAAUAAAUGAUGCCCAAACUAAAACAGCUAGUAUAGAUAUACUGACUUACAUUGUUGAAUAUUCACCAAGUGUUGUUAGGGAUUAUACUUUACAACAAAUAAAUAACACUGAACAAGAUCAAAUGUUGAUAAAUGUUAUAGUGGCUCAACUUGUUGGUGAUACAGAUCCAGAAUUAGGUGGUGCUGUACAACUUGCUGGUGUUUUACGAUUAUUACUUGACCCGGAAAAUAUGUUGGCUUCUGUCAAUAAAUCUGAGAAGACUGACUUCCUUAAUUAUUUCUACAAAAACAGUAUCAUAACACUGAUUGAACCAUUAUUAGCCAACACUGUUGGUGAUAAACCAGUCCGUGAAGAUUAUCGCACAGUACAGUUGCUAGGAUUGAUUCUCGAAUUAUUAUCAUUUUGUGUUGAACAUCACAUGUAUCAAAUUAAAAACUGCAUUUUAAACAAAGAUUUAUUACGAAGAAUAUUAAUCCUAAUGAAAUCAACGCAUACCUUUUUGGUAUUAUGUGCAUUGAGGUUUAUGCGUAAAAUAAUUGCAUUAAAAGAUGAAUUUUAUAAUAGAUAUAUUAUAAAGGGCAAUUUAUUCGCACCUGUAUUUGAUGCAUUUGUAAGAAAUAAUGGUAGAUAUAAUCUUCUGGAUUCAGCUAUACUCGAAAUGUUUGAAUUUAUUAAAUUGGAGGACAUAAAAUCUUUGUGUUCACAUGUUGUUGAAAAUUUCUCCAAAGAAUUAGAAGCAAUCGACUACGUACAAACAUUUAAGGCAUUAAAAUCAAGGUAUGAACAGCAUCAGGAUAAACUUAAGGAUCGUGAUAGAGCUACUCUCGAGAGUGUACCAUCGAUUUUACGCAACAGCCGGUAUAGACGGGACCAACGGCAGCUAGAUGAAGAUGAGGAAAUGUGGUUUAAUGAAGAGGAAGAUUUCGAUGAGGGUGAAGCUGUUGUUCCAGCUGCUGCGGCUGAUCUUGUACCACCGGCAUCAGCUAAAAAACAACCACCGAGUCCUAACUCUGCACCUAAUCCUAUCCCUGCAGAUUCUAAAAGCCAACAACAGCAGACUGUGCUGAAUAAUAAUACCGCUAAUAAUACCUCGACAACGCAACAGUCUCAAGUUAAUAGUAGUAGUCCCACGGAGAAUGAAUCUUCGAUUUCUGCUGGAAUUAUUGCCAGCUCCACAGACGAUAGUGAGAAAGUAGGAACGACAGUUUUCAAAAAGGGGUUGGUCGAUUAUGAAGGUGACUCUGAUGAAGAUGAUGAAGAUUCAGAAUUAAAUCCUUCUCCCAAAAGACAGCGACUUGCAUAGUAGAUAAAUCAUCAAAGAGCAGUAAUAGUGCUACGACUAUCGAUCGCCGUCGCUGUUCUUCCCUCUGAUAUAUUUAUACUCAAAUUAAUUUAAAAUUAUUUUGAUCUAUUUCGUUUAUAUAAAGUCAAUAACAAAUAGGUCAAAAUUAAAUAAUCUUAAUCAUGUGUCUUUAGACAGAUACUCGAGUAUGUUUAACUACAUAAGAGGGGAAAUAUAUAUUUUUUAACUUUAGUGCAUUGUGAACAUUGACAACUGUCUGUGCUAAUUUCUUGUACAGUUAACUAAGAAAAGAACAGCCAUACAGGAGAAUUUAAAGGAUAUUGAUAUUAAUAAUAAUUAUUAAAAUAAUAAUUAUAAAUAUAAUGAUAAUACUAGAUCAAGAGAUAAAAAGUGAAGAGGAUAACUUUAAGAAAUAAUAAGAAUAAUUAAAUUAAGAAUUAUUAACGCGGAUCAAGUUAAGGUAGCGUUGAUUAUAAAUUUGUAAAACUUUGAAUUUUUUUCUUAAAAAUAAUUAAGAAUUUAUUACUAAACCGCUUAUUGUAUGACUAUGUUGUGUAAAGAUAUAGUAAAUUUCAACAUAAAAAUAUCAUCAAUUUA